AUGAGUGGGACGCCGUAUGCUGGUGUGCCAACAAUACCGCCGGCUCAGUUUAGUACGUUCGCUACCACUAUUGAUCCUCCUCGACCCUUGCCAGAUUUUGUAUCAAAGCCUCAGAUUCAUCCCACAACGACAGUGGCUGAGCAAGUACGUUUUGCGGUUCUAAGCGUAUUUCAAGCUUACCUGUUCUUCCAGUAUUCACAAAAACCUGACUCACAUCACAAGAAGCAUCAUAAGCUGCCCUUGGCCCCAACGUCGUCAAAGUGUUACAAUACUAAAAGAACUUUUAAGGUGAUUAUUGUGGGCGAUGCAGGUGUGGGUAAGACAUGUCUGUCGUUCCGAUUCUGCUGCGGUAGGUUUCCGGAACAUACAGAGGCAACUAUAGGCGUGGAUUUCCGAGAAAGAAGUUGUGUCAUAGAAAGAGAAUUACUCAAGGUGCAACUAUGGGAUACGGCCGGUCAAGAGCGUUAUAGACAUUCGAUAGUGGCGCAUUACUAUCGCAAUGUUAAUGCUGUAGUGUUCGUUUAUGACGUGACGAGCCCGUCGUCCUUCGCUUCUCUUCGCUCAUGGAUUAGUGAAUGUGAAAGGAACGGUCUAACAGCAGACUGUGAUGUACCGCGAAUUCUCAUUGGAAAUAAAUGUGAUCUGAAAUCGUCCAUAACAACCCGUGUCGAUACGGAUGCUGCUCAGGUGAGGUUUUUGGCCUUCCCUACGAAUAACCAUAAACCUCAACCUCCUCGGAAUUAUGCUCUGAAGAGGUCGGAUUCUGAAGCAGAUCAUGUUGAAUCAAUAUUUUUAACGCUGCUUCACAAAUUGCAACAGAGCAAGCCGAUGCAUGUGCAAAGUGAAGUAGAGCGACAGGCAAAGGAACAAGAACGUCUAGUGCUGAAGGCUAGCGAAGCCAAAGAUUUACCUGAAGAUGGCUGGUGCUGCUAA